CGAAUUAUGAAGGUCGGCGGUGGUCAUGAGAGUACAAUCCAUGUUGGAUACGGUGGCCGAAACCGUCUUCUCUCUUUGUACUGCACGACCUGCCAACAGACAUUUGUUUUCUGGGCCGGGCUCUUUGAAACACCUAGCAACGUCAAAGGAUCUGUUGCCUAUCGCAUCCCUGACCUCGAGUAUCUAUUCUCCUUACCGAACGGGGUGGCCAUUAUAGUAAAGGACAGCCGGAUUGUGGGCCGAAUAGUCUGGGCGACGGGCGUGCGAGGCGUGCUAGGCGUGCAGAGAGGGCAUAUGCUGGCGUGGGCGUGUCACCAAGGCCGGCGCGGUAGCAGCGACGUCGACCGCCCCGCGGCUGGACCUGCUUGUGCACAUGCCUAUCCGCCGCUGCUGGUUCCUCCUAGGGGUCCUCGCUCGCCGCACUCAGAGCCAUCUACCAGGGCACAAUUGUGCCUUAGAUGCUGUUAGGAUAAGGUUGCAAUAGGAGGACGCCGCAGCGGGCAGAAGGCACCUGACCCGGAACGGAGAAACCAAUCCCAUGCGUAUGUAUACAGCGGCCAAAAAAAAAAAA